UUUUCAUCUGCAAAUCUGAUUACCAAUAAAAGUACUAAAAACCCUAUCUGCUGCCGCCUCUUUCUCAAACUCUCUCUCGGUCGGUCUGUCUUUUGUCUGACUUUCUGAUCUAUUCUCCUCCAUUGUUUCACUGAAAGUGUUUGAUUUUGAGUCUUGGCUAGCUCUCCAUAAGGAUAAUUGGAUUAUAUAUAUAUAUAUGUAUUGCUCCGAUUAUAUUUAAAAAAUUUCUUCAGUUGGAAAAAGAUCUAUGCCGUAUUCCCCUCCAAUCGCACCCACUCUCAGACUCCUCCCCGUAUCUCUGCGGCCGGCGUCUCUAGCUCGCUUAACAGUUUCAGCCUACUGCCACCAACUGACGUGAUAUAAAUGCCAAUGUACAUAGUUAAAUAAUGGCUGUUGAGACUUCUGCUAAACCAAACCUGGUUAACGAGUACGAUGAUGAUGAUGGGCCUGUGAUAUUUAAAAGAAGUAAUGCAUCAUCCAAACCAAACCAAGUAAACUCAGAAGUAAAGAAAUCACCAUUGCAAAGAAAUGAUAUACAGUCUGGAAGGCAGAUAUCUGACGUUCAUUCUCGCAAUGGUUUAAACUCCAAUUCUAAGGGUAAGCUGGUGUCAUUUACCAAGGCAUCACCCAUAAAAUCUCCUGCAGCCAGCCAAAAAGCUUCAACUUUGUCUGCAAAGACAUCACCAGUGAGGUCACCAGUAAAUGCUAAUUCUAAUAGUGACUCUGAGGAUUCUGAAGAUGAUGAUAAACCUUUAAGUGCCAGGCUCAAGGAAAACUCCAACCAUGCCAACAAAGGGCUUGCAAAACCUAAACUAAGUCCUGGUUCAUCACAACCAGCAGUGUCAAAGAAUAUUCUUGGACUACCUUCAGGAGACUCAGAUGAUGAACCUUUAUCGUCUAGGUUUCAAAUGAAGUCCAAUGCAGGAACAUCGGGCAGUAAGCUUUAUGAUGCUGAUGAGAAGAAGCCUCUCGUGUCAAAAAAUCAGCAUAGUGGUUCCACACUGACCGAUAAACAAAAGAAACCAUUGGCCAUCUUAAGUAAGAGACCUCUAGAUAAAAACUAUUCCUCAGAUCAAUCUUUGGUUAAAAAGCCAAAACUUGUUGGUUCACCAACAGUGGUAAAAAGUAAGCAGGUAACAGUCAAAGCAGAAACGAACACAGAGGACGAUGACCAUAUUCCAAUUUCCCUGAGAAUGAAGAAGUCACCUGCAUCAAAUAACAAAUUACCUACCACUAAAAAAGUGGUCACAAAAGCUGUUUCCUCCUCAUCCAAGAAAAUAACCAAGAAAAAUAAAAAAGCAGCUAAAAAUUCAAAAUAUUCAAAGUCUACUAAAUUGCUACCUUCAUCCGGUGAUGGCCAGAAAAAAUGGACUACCUUGGUUCACAAUGGUGUUAUUUUUCCACCACCAUACGCACCUCAUGGGGUAAAGAUGCUCUAUAAUGGGAAGCCAGUUGAGUUGACUCCUGAACAAGAGGAGGUUGCAACCAUGUUUGCGGUGAUGAAAGACACAGAGUAUGUGCAGAAAAAAACAUUUAGAGAUAAUUUUUGGAAUGAUUGGCGUAAGUUACUUGGGAAGAGCCAUGUGAUUCAGAAAUUGGACUCCUGUGACUUUACCCCAAUAUAUGACUGGUACCAAAAUGAAAAGGAGAAGAAGAAGCAAUUGAGUACAGAGGAGAAGAAGGCCUUAAAGGAAGAGAAAUUGAAACAAGAGGACAAGUAUAUGUGGGCUAUUGUUGAUGGUGUGAAAGAGAAGGUUGGAAACUUUAGAGUUGAACCACCUGGGUUAUUCCGAGGUCGUGGCGAGCAUCCGAAGUCUGGAAAGCUGAAAAGGCGCAUUCGUCCUCGUGAUGUUACAAUUAAUAUAGGAGUGGAUGCUCCAAUUCCAGAAUGCCCUAUCCCUGGUGAAAGAUGGAAGGAAGUACGGCAUGACAAUACUGUAACGUGGUUAGCAUUCUGGAAUGAUCCAAUCAAUCCAAAAGAAUUCAAAUACGUGUUUCUGGCAGCUAGUAGUUCCUUGAAGGGUCAAAGUGAUAAGGAGAAAUAUGAGAAAGCAAGGAUGCUGAAGGAAUACAUAAAGAACAUCAGGACUGCAUACACAAAGGAUUUUACAAGCAAAGAUGUUUCAAAGCGACAAAUAGCAGUUGCUACCUAUCUUAUUGAUAAACUUGCUUUGAGGGCAGGCAAUGAGAAGGAUGAUGAUGAAGCUGAUACUGUUGGUUGUUGCACAUUGAAAGUAGAAAAUGUAAAAGCAAUUGCCCCAAACAAGUUGGAGUUUAACUUCCUUGGUAAAGAUUCAAUCAGAUAUGAAAAUAUUGUUGAAGUGGAGCUUCCUGUUUAUAAAGCAAUUAUGCAGUUCCAGACUGGAAAACAAGGCAAUGAUGAUCUUUUUGACAAGCUGGAUACAAGUAAACUUAAUGCGCAUCUAAAGGAACUCAUGCCUGGCCUCACAGCAAAAGUUUUCCGUACUUAUAAUGCAUCUAUCACGUUGGAUGAUAUGUUGAAUAGGGGAACCAGAGAUGGAGAUGUUGCAGAAAAAAUUAUUGUUUAUCAGCAUGCUAACAAGGAGGUCGCCAUCAUAUGUAAUCAUCAGCGUACUAUAUCCAAAUCUCACAGUGCUCAGAUGACAAGGUUAAUGGAGAAAAUUAGUGAACUUCAGGGUGUCCUGAAAGAGCUGAAAACAGAUCUGGAUAGAGCAAAGAAAGGAAAGCCGCCAUUAAAAGAUGCUGAUGGAAAGCGGAAGAGAAACUUAACCCCUGAAGCGUUAGAGAGGAAGAUGGCUCAAACAACAGCAAAGAUUGAGAAAAUGGAAAGGGACAUGAAGACCAAAGAGGAUCUGAAAACAGUGGCAUUAGGAACAUCCAAAAUUAACUACCUUGAUCCUAGGAUCACGGUUGCAUGGUGCAAGCGACAUGAAGUUCCUGUUGAGAAGAUAUUCAACAAAUCUCUCCUAGCGAAGUUUGCCUGGGCAAUGGAUGUGGACCCUGACUUCAGAUUCUGAUGCUUGCUCAAAUUCACGUCAUUCGUGAAGAAAAACCCUGCCUCCUCUCCGUUGUUUAAUUAUAGAUGUUAACAAUUUUUUUUUUCCCCCUUAAAUUGUUCCAGCGGAAAAUUAUUGUUGUAUGUUCAUCUAAUCUAAUCAUGAGCAGAGCUGUUCACUACAUUCUUCUUUUACUCUCAGUAGGAAGUACUAACAAUUGUUAUUUAAACUCGAACCUUUAUAGUAAUGGCUUAAAUGUUUGAAAUACAUUGACUAUGUUAAGAUGGCAUUUACAA